AUGAAAAAGUGUAAAAAUAACUCGGAGUGUUAUAGUGUAAUUACUGGUAGUGAGUGUAACUUCUCAAAGUGCUCGUGCCCGGUAGGACAUAUUUUGGAAGUGAAAGAGUCGAAAUGCGUCAGAAUUAUAUCAGAGAAAGACAAUAAUCUUACGAAACAUACUAAUUCAUCUACAGACAAUGCGAAUUAUACCUGUAACGACAAUAAUUCAAAUUGUACAAGCGUGAAUGAAACAAUUUGCACUUCCGGUAAUUCAACUGAAGUUAACGGAAGCGGAUGUGACGAUACCCUGAUAGGCAGAAAUUGUCGGUCUUCGGCCGACUGUAACAUCGUUGGAAACAACACUGUUUGUGGUAAUAAUGGUAAAUGCAAAUGUCAACCCGGAUUUGUACCAAGCGCCAACCAUUCCAGAUGUGUCCUCCUCGAAACGACCUGUAAUGAUGACAGUGACUGUUCAUAUAUUCAAGAUGGCGUCUGCACCAAUGGCUCAAUUUGUGGGUGUAAACCUGGGUUCAAAUUUGUGAACCUUACGUGUGAGCUUUUUAAUGAUUGUUUUGAUGACCUCGAAUGUCUUUCAGCAAUUGACGGAUCGCGAUGUGUAAACGGAUCUUGUAUUUGCAACAUCAGCCAGAAGGCGGAUAUCGUCGUGGGCCGUUGCGUUUUGAAAACGGUCGGAGAUUAUUGUAAUGGUGAUCAUGAUUGUUCCCAAGCAGUGCCAAAUAGUCACUGUUACAAUGGUAUUUGUGUUUGUAAAGCCGGGUUUAAGCCGAACGAAGAUCAAGCAAGCUGUGUCCGCUUAAGCCUGGGUGACGCGUGUUCUGCUGAUUCAGAAUGUGACACUGGUAUAGAUAAAGCUUAUUGUGGUUCCAACAAUAUAUGUGUAUGUCCUUUAGGUUACUAUAAUCUUCCGAACAUGUCCUCCUGUGUACGUCGCACUAUUGGUGAUGCGUGUUCGGUGUUAGCGGAUUGUGAACACGCUGUGAAGAAUAGUGUCUGCACUGAUGUCGGGCAAUGUGCUUGUUCACCUUACGGAUUCCGUGACGCUGAAAACGGAACGAGGUGUGUUCUUCUGCAAUUGGGAGACGCUUGUGAUCUAAAUGAAACUUGUGAGGCCGCUGUCAAUAAAAGUGAAUGUAGUAGUAACGGAAUAUGUACUUGUGUAUCCGGAUAUACACCUGGUAAGGAUAAUUCCUCGUGUUUGAUGACGAAACUCGGUGAUAGCUGUGUCGAUUCAGAUAUGUGCAGUGCAUUAAUUGAUCAUAGCACAUGUAACAGUAAGUCAAUAUGCACGUGUCUAUCAGGAUAUAGAUCAAAUAUUCAAAACGACGCAUGCGACCCGAUCCACCUUGGAGACCCGUGUGACGUGGCAACUGACUGUACGAGUACUAUUGAUCAUAGUUUAUGUGGCGACGACAAGCUCUGUGGAUGCACCGCCGGAUACAAGGUUAAUAAAUCUAGUAACUAUUGUGUGAGGCUGGUUUUAGGCGACUUUUGUAUUUUCAACAUCGAGUGUAAUUCUGUAGUAAACAGGUCGUUUUGCACCGGAAAUCAGACAUGUGAAUGCGAAGUUGGUUACAAAGCAAGUGAAGACUUCAGAAAUUGUGCUUUGCUAGAAAUAGGUGACGUCUGUGAGUCUAAUGAGGAAUGUGCCUCAGCAAUUGGAUAUAGUGUAUGCGGGUCCGACAACCACUGUCAGUGUGACACGGGUUAUAAGGUCAACGACACUCGUAAAGAUAUUACCAUGGACGAAGCUGGACCUGUCGAUGAUAAAUGCAUUCCUUUGGUGAUAGGGGAUGACUGUUCGACAUCACAUCAAUGUGAAAUUGUAAUGGACGACAGCAUUUGUACCAAUGGGACGUGCGGAUGCAAACAUGGAUACCGGUUUAAACUUGAUGGUAGCGGUUGUACAAACUUAAAGCUUGGUGACAAGUGCAGACGCGGACUACAGUUUGACGAUUGUGCUGAAAUAUUGAAUAGCCAGUGUGGAAGAGGGCCGAAAUGUCUUUGUGAUUACGGCUACAGAGCGGCACCAGACGGAACGUUCUGCAUCAGAAACAUGUUGGGCGAUGCAUGUAGUCAACACAUUGAUUGCAGUGUCUUGAUGCCAAAUAGCUUCUGUGGAGAAGACAAUUUUUGUCUGUGUGAAAGAGAAAGUGGUUAUAUCCCUAUGGACAAUCGAACAGACUGCAGGCUUAUUAGUCAUGGAGACCCGUGUCAAAGAGACAACGACUGCCAUUUCGGACUCAACGCUAAUAGUAUGUGCGGCGGAAACGGUAUUUGCGAAUGUGAAACAGGCUAUCUCUUCGAUGAGGGAGACAAAAGAAACUGUUUUCCUGCUAAGAUUGGGGAUACGUGUGGUGAUGAUAUCGAUUGUUCGACAUUUAUGAACAAUUCUCUUUGCAGUAGUAAAUCUAGCCGAUGUGACUGCGACGUCGGAUAUAGACCAGUUGAUAACAACACCGGCUGUGUUCAGAUAACAAUUGGUGACAACUGUUUGGUAGACUUACAGUGUACCAUAGCUGUGAAUCACACACGGUGCCUAAAUAACACUUGCUCCUGUCUACCAAUGUAUAAACCCGAUACCAAUGAGACUUUUUGUGUCCUCAAGGAGCUCUUAGACGAAUGCGAUGAUGACGUAGAUUGCACUCUAAUAACAAACAGCGUAUGUCGUAAUCGAACUUGUGAAUGCUCAAUUGGUUUCUACGAAGACAAAAAUUAUACCAUAUGUACGAAACACACUAUGUACUCGGUAUGUGAAAGGAAUGAAGAUUGUACAACAGUUAUCAAUGACAGCUCUUGUCACAAUAAUACAUGUAUAUGCAACGUCGGAUUCUUUGUUGAGAAUGAAACGACAUGCACAAAACGUAAAGUUGGGGACAGUUGUGACGUAGAAUUAGACUGUCAAUCAGCGGUCGCCAGUAGCAACUGCUCAAAUGGAACGUGUGAAUGUUAUCCAGGCUACCUCACUAACCAUAUCAACGAUACAUGCACCAAAAGAAAAAUAUUGGACGCAUGCGCAGUGAAUUCGGACUGCGACAAUGCCGUUGUCUGGAGUGAAUGCUCGAUAGGGGAAUGUGUUUGCCAGAAAGGCUAUCGAAGCUCGAAUAAUUAUACUUCAUGUUUAAAACGGAGAAUUGGAGACGUCUGUGAGUUUACGGGGGAUUGCCUCCAUGCCGUUCCAAAUAGUCUCUGUGGCAAGGAUAAUAGUACUUGCGUGUGUGAUCUUGGAUUUAAAGCUGAACUUAAUGACUCCAUUUGUGAGCCAAGAGUCAUUGGUGACACGUGUACAUAUGACCCAGACUGUCUUUACGCUGUGAACAACAGUGAAUGUAGGGCAGGGUUCUGUACUUGCGAGACAGGGUUUAAGGUCCUAGACGAGGGUCAUGUAUGUGACAGUAACAGAAUAUUUGAUAAUUGCGACCUCGAUUUUGAUUGCACAUUGGCAGUCGCUAACAGCGAAUGCUUCAACAAUUCGUAUUGCAGAUGUCGUCUUGGGUUUCAUGAAAAACAGAACAACACUGAGUGCAGUUUAAGGAAAAUAGGAGAUAAGACUUGCACACAGGAAAUAGACUGCUCAGCAGCUGUCAAUAAUAGUUUUUGUAAUAAUGGCGUCUGCGCAUGUACGUCCGGAUAUUAUGCGAAUGAUUUAAGGUCCGAUUGCAUUUUGCGGAAAAUCUACGACGCUUGUCAAAAUGAUUCCGAUUGUGGGGAUGCCAUUACUAACAGUCAAUGUUUCGAUGGUAUAUGUUUGUGUUUACCCGGAUAUUACGUCACAUCCGGAAACAGUACUUGUGUAAAAAGACGUGUUAUGGACGAUUGUAAGAAAUCAAUAGACUGUUCAGCUGCUGUACAUCUUACAAGCUGUCGACAGGGCGUUUGUCAAUGUCCUUUUGGUUACUAUGGAAACGACAACGGGACUUCCUGUAAACUACGGGUAAUUGGAGAUUCUUGUGAGGAAGAUAAAGAUUGUUAUUUCGCUGUCUACGACUCGGUGUGUCAAUCUAACCGAUGCUCAUGCUCAGAAGAGUUUGAUUCUUUCGAGCGCGGGGAAUACUGUGUAUUGCGACCCUUGCUGUUGACCGAGGUGUGUUACUUUCCGUCUCAGUGCCGUCACAUCGACAGCAGAAGUAUCUGCAUCAACGACAAGUGUCUUUGUGAACCAGGAUACUUUGUAUCUAAUGAACAAGACACAUGCCUUCCAGAUCCAGACCGUAUCGGGGAUUUAUGUGAUUCUGACACCAAGUGCCGGGAAGCUGUUGACCACUCUGUAUGUGGAUUUGGCGCGAUCCGGAAGUGUGUUUGUGAAAUCAAACGUUAUCCAGAAAACAAUGGGACUCUUUGUCAUGAAAUACCUGAACUACUUGGCGACAGAUGUGCAGAGGACAUCCACUGUAAUGACAUUCCAAAUGCCAAAUGUGGCAGCAACAACACGUGCAUGUGCACGUACAAGUAUAAAGAUGCGGACGAUAAGACAGCCUGUAUUCCACUGCCACGCGUAGCCAUUCCUAGGGUCAAUGAUCUCUGGUUAGGUCGCAUUUGUAAUCUUGACGACAAAGAGCCUUGUCCAAACUGGAACAUCACCAAUCAGCGAUGUAUGUCUGAAGACGGGAGAGUCAACACCAGAUGUCGCUGUGUUGCGGGUUUCUCAAAUGUUUACAACGAAGGAGAAUGUCAAGAAACGCAGACCUACUACAUACGGGUAAACAUAUCACAUGAGCUAGGAUGUCCAAACAAGAAGACAAUUGAUGACAGCGAACGGUGCUACAUAUACCAUCCUUUUCGGUAUAUCAAGCAAUACAGAAAUAAAAAUACAGGGCCUUUCCGGCUACUCAAGCUAAGGUCACAGAUUCUCGGGCUGGAUGGUGCCUUCAAUCAGAGUGAUAUAUGGGACCGCUACGUGUCUAGUGAGGUCAUCAACAUGACAGAGACUGCAUCUGGUUUCCAAAUUAAUGCGGUUCUUCAGAUCAUGGCCGACUACUACAAUGUCAUCAAUGGCUCUGUAUUAAGGACGCAUCUUGCCAAUCACUUGAAGAGAUACAACGGAAUAUUAGGAACAAGUCAACUGCGCGUGUCCGAACCUUAUCUGGACAGCAUUUUAAUUGAUGAUUUCGACGAAUGUGAGGACUGGCAGGGUCGACUGAAUGAUUGUUCGCAGAUGGCAUGGUGUAUCAAUACCUACGGUAGUUUCAUGUGUUCUUGCUAUUAUGAGUACGAGGACAAUUCACUUGAUCCGAUUGGUCGUCCAGGAAGGGUUUGUGCAGAACAAACAGAAACAACUACACAAAAUACCAGGUGUUCUGGCGGAACCUGUAAAACCAGAUGGGAAUGGGUAGGAUUUGCUCUCGUCAUGUUGUUUAUUGUUCUGAUAUCAUUCCUAGUAUACGAGGUCUAUAUUCGCAAGAAGGAACUUCGUGAGCAAGAAGACCCUGGUUAUUCAAAACUCAAACGAGGACGAUCUAGAAGAAGUCGCAGAAGUAGGCGAAGCAGACGACGCUCACGGAAAUCUAUUUAUCGAAAUAAUAGAGAUUCUGAUGGUGGCAACAGCGACUGUACCAUCACUAUUGACCACGACUUAUCAAAUCAAGAUGAGAGUCCACCGACAUACGGAACGGAUGAUCCUUAAUUAAAACAGAUAUAUUCCAGCGAAAUACCACAUAACCAUCUAAAUUCCGUCAUCAUUGCUUAUCGUUAGACAACAAUACACGCACGACCGUAGUUCGAAUGCUAAUCGGCUACAACAAAGUACUUCAUUAAUUUUUAAAGAAGUACAUUUUUUCUGAAGAAACGGGAGAACUACUGAACAAAUACAUUGUACGUGGGUAUGAAAACAGGACUUAAGAGGCUGAUGAGUGGUCUUCUAAAACAUAAAGGUACUGCACAGAGAUGUAACAGUCCUGGUAUUUCAUACGGAUGUAAAGAGUCCGCUGGCAGCGUGCAUACACAGCAAUUUGAUGCAACACUCCUGACAUUCCGUUAGUUUGUUAGAGAAUCUCCUUCGCAUGGAUAAAAAACUCAACACGACAUCCCAGCAGGGAUUUCGUGCGGCUCCGGAAGAGCUUUCUUAAUUAUAAUACUUGCUCUACUUCCUGAGGCACACUUAUAUACAGCAACUUAAUGUGACCUCCAGGACUCCUUAACAGCCGUGGGAGUGUUUCCUUGAACGCUCAGAGUGAAUGUUUUGUAGAUACAUCAAAGAUGACACAUAGGGUACAGAAAAAAAUGUGUAUGACGUUAUAAGGCUCUUAACUAUUUCUACCGAUAAAAUGUUUGAAAAGUUUUCACGUCCUGAAUUUCAACAAUAUUUGACGACACCCCUGAAUCAACUCUACGAUUUAUGAAAUAUAUAUAUUAUACAACAACUGCGAUUAACUUACAUAAAUGACUCUUGUUUGGCACGGGGAUGUACUAAGGAAAGGAACCCGGGAAACCCCACGUUUGGACGGCUGACACUGUACUUUUCUUUCACGUCAACUCUGGGAUUUGAUGAUACGUGUGAGAAACUUUCAAUUGUAGGACGAUAAAAGCGGCAAAUAUCUCUUUUUAUAUACAUACUAAUGUACUACCAAAUUAUAUGGUACACAGAAACCAGGUGUUUUCAAGAUUUUUAUAUUGUUAAAGACAAAAUAGACUGGCACACGAACUACAAUUAAUUCUUCAUAUAACUUUUUAUGUUCCCUGCGUUCGUCAUUGAUGUAUCUUCACAUCCGGUCGCUGCUUUAAAUUAAGGAAUGUCAGUAGUGAAUAUCUAGGUGUAGCUAUGGAUUUCUACCAUGAAAGUAAUAUUUUUUCACAUGUAAAAUCCAUUUGACGGUUUUAUUUUUACAUUUAGAUUCGAAAUGUUGAAUGUGUUUGGUGUCUGAAGGUUCCAAUAUAGACAACUGAUUAAAAUAGUCUCUAGUAUAAACUGGGGUAAUUUGAUUAUUCAGACGUCGGACAAGGAGAUAGCUAUAAAAACUUCUGUUAUGUCAAGUAUUUGUGUUAUGAGAGCGAGCACACAUGCAGAUGACUGAGUCAGGUAUAUUUGAAGUCAAUAAUACUGUAUAAUAAAUAUUCCAUAUAUAUUCAUUUGAGAGAGGGAGAAAGGAGAGAGAGGGGAGGGGGUCUUUCCAAACUUGUAUGAAUCAUUGUGUGAUAUUAAAAUUUUCAUCCUAUUCUA